AUGCAGGGAGUCUUUCUCCGCCAUUUUGUCAUGAUGCUGGAGAACUCCACUGCUGCAGAAGCUCCUGCUCUCGACCAACCUGCCACCAAUAUAGUCAUUAUAGCUAAGACGGGCGAACACGAUCUGCAGAAGAUACAAGAUCAGUAUGACGUGGAACGUAAGAAACGCCUGCGGCCUGACGGGCCAGCCCAAUAUCAGAAGAAGGUCCGAGUCCUCAUUGUGGGUGCUGGGAUUGGGGGAUUGCUGUUCGCUGUGCGACUACUCCAGUCGGGAUUUCUUCGCGCGACUGAGAUCCUCUUCGUGGAUACAGCAGGUGGCUUCGGAGGAACGUGGUGGUGGAACAAAUACCCCGGCUUGGCCUGUGAUGUUAAAAGUUACACUUACAUGCCCUUGUUGGAGGAAACUAAGUAUAUGCCGUUGCAGAAGUAUGUCAACGGGCCGGAAUUGAGAGAACACGCGAAUCGCAUCGCCGGUCAAUGGAAUCUCACUGGACGGGCUUUAUUCCAAACCGUGGUCAAUAAGUUGGCUUGGAACGACCAGGAUCGUCAAUGGACAGUCCAUGUCACACCACAUAGCCAGUCACCCACUGCAAUACAAUCUGAUUUUGUCAUCUUGGCUACCGGGUUGCUGAACUCCCCGAAAAUACCAAAAUUGGGCGGCCUCGAGACCUACAAGGGGAAGGUUUUCCACACCUCGCGCUGGGACUAUGAGUACACUGGAGGAAGUCCCAACAACCCAACCAUGCAUAGACUACAAGACAAGACAGUUGGAUUUGUCGGAACGGGUGCAUCUGCCAUCCAGGCAAUUCCACACCUUGCCCAGUGGGCAAAGAAAGUGAUUGUGUUUCAACGCACGCCGUCUGCUGUAGACUGGCGUCGCAAUCACCCCACGGAUCGCACCUGGUGGGCGAAAAUGGUCCAAGGAGGCUCUGGGUGGCAACGAGAGCGCAUGGAAAAUUUCAACUCCUUCUGCUCAAGUGAGAAUCCUCUCCCAGAUGUAGACCUUGUCGAUGAUGGUUGGACCAAGAUGCAGUCUUUCAGUGUACUGGUCGGCAGUCCCUCUGGCCUUGACCCGGACCAUCUGACGCGGAUGUAUCAAUUGGACUUGCAUCGCCAAGAGGCCAUCCGCCGUCGCGUGGAAACCACUGUGACCGACGAAGCGACUGCUCGAGUUUUGAAGCCGUGGUAUCCCGGGUGGUGCAAACGGCCAUGCUUCAGUGACAACUUUCUCACGACAUUCAACUGGUCAAAUGUUUCUCUGGUAGACACUAAUGGAAAAGGGAUCCGGACUGUGACAGACCGGGGGAUCUUAACCGAGGGCCAGGAAUAUGAUUUAGAUGCCAUCAUUUUUGGGACCGGUUACACCGUCCAUGUCGCCCACAUCAUUUCGGAAGCCGGCAAAUUGACCUCGAAGCGGAACCCAGGUGUCACCGUUGCCGGUUUGACUAUUGAGCCUAGCUCUCACUCGGAAGGAGAAUGGACUUCCAAGGUUUUGGUGAGAGCGCGAGCACUGGAGGGUAUUCUGAAUUGCACUCCGGGGUACUUCAAUCGGGAGGGGCUGCAGUUCAGCGGCCUUGAAGGCUUGCGGGCGGCACAGUUCAGUAUCUGGGGGAGAGGGGAUUAA